AGAAAUAUCCAACUGCCGACCUUCAAUUCGAAUCCGUUCGUUCCUCUUUUUGUAGUGACCCUUCUCUUUCGGACCAUGAACGCAUUCAUUUAAUCAAUCGUCUCGAAAAAUUCAAAACUCGUUGGAUGUCUUCCCGUAAACAUACUAGUAUCGAUGAAAAACGUCAAUGUAAUAUUUGUCAAAGUUGGACUUACUCCAUUCAUUAUUGUGAAUUUUGUCUUCAAGAUUAUUUAAAAGUCGAUUUCGGUAAUUGGACCUCAGGAAAUGAUGAAAUUGAUAUUAUUAUUCGAAAAAAUCAAAUGUGUGUUUCCUCUCCAGAAAGAAUUUUUAGAUGGUUACCUUAUGAUGAUUUCGAAAAGAUUACUCUUAAAACUAAAGGUGGUUAUGCUUCAAUAUAUUCUGCUAUCUGGAAAAAUGGUUUGGUUAAAUGGGAUCCCGAGAAACUUACUCUUGAAAGUGUGGGCCCUCGUUAUGUCGUCCUUAAAAAAUUGGAAAAUUCUAGUCAAAUGGAUGGAAGAUGGUUAGAAAAGUGUUAUGGAAUAACUCAGGAACCUGGAACUCUGGAUUAUAUUCUUGUCUUGAAUCAUUUGGAAUGUAACUUAUAUCAAUUUUUAACUGAACACAAUUAUUCUCUUACAUGGAAACAAAAAUUUGAUAUUGUCGGUGAUUUAGCUUAUAAAUUAGGAAAAAUACAUAAUGCUGAUUCAAUUCAUGGAAAUUUACACUUGGGUAAUAUUUUAUUAGCCAGGCAAAUAGGUUCUUUUUUUAUUAGCGAUCUAGGUUUCUGCGAACCAAUUGACCAACAUCCUGAUAAUAUUUACGGUAACCUUCCAUAUAUCGCUCCAGAAGUGUUACAUAGCAAACAAUAUUCAAAUCAAUCAGACAUUUAUAGUUUAGGAAUAAUUAUGUGGGUUAUCUCUUCUGGUGAAUUACCUUUCAUUGAUCGAAAUCAUGAUUCCAAACUUGCUCUCGAUCUAGUAAAUGGUUUAAGACCAAAUGUAUCGGGUGAAAUUCCAUAUGAAUAUGCAAAAUUAAUGAAACAAUGUUGGGAUACUGUGCCUGAAAAUCGUCCUGAUGCUUUGGAAAUUAAUAGAGAAAUAACUAAAUUGGUUAAAAAAUUUUAUGAAAACCCUUAUAUUGAAAUUUAUAAAAAUAUGGAAUCUCUACUUGCCGAAACUUCAAUAAUUUCUACUUGCUCUCAAGAAAAUGUUGAUUUAAAAACAAGUCCGCAUUCUAGUCAACUAUAUUGUUUCAAAGACUUACCACAACCAAAAAAUACUACUGAUGGUAUUUUUACUUCUAAUUUUAAAUAA